AUGCGACUUGGUCACAAGAAGUCGUCGUGCCCUUAUCGGAAGAGCGAGAGUCACGACGAGAUUGUAUUCUCAGCUAUGAGUGGGAUCGCUGAUGGGAAACCGUAUGGCUUUUGGAUAGUGGAACAAAUUCUAAUACAAGUGGAGAUCGCCAUAAUUUUUCAGAGUAUCGCACUGGACUUCACAAAUCAAAAUCAGUGUAGCCAGUCAAUGGUAAAAUUGUGGCUACAAUUUCUCAUGUCGGCAUGUGAUUUUCCAAGAGCUCGAAAGACGCCAGUGGUGACGGUAGCACUUAUCUUUAGCACACUUGUCUUGGAAAUGAAGCCCCUCCAAGAUGGACGAGAUUAUCAGGGACUAUGA